AUGGGAGAGGCGGAGGCGGAAAGUUCGGCCGCGGCGCUGCAGGAGAUCAGCUCGGCGGCUUUGUCGGUGGCAGAGGUCAUGCGGGACCUGCUCUGCAUCGCAGAUGGCAUCGGCGACACCACGCCAAAGCCUCGGUCCGUCGGAGAGCUUUUCGUCCGCGGACGCGCGGGUUUCGCGCGGGUUUCGCGCGGACGGGCGGCGAAACCAGCGGACGAGCGCCGCCGAAACCGGGCGAGCGGGCACUUGCCAGCGUAA